AGUAGGUGUCAACCUCAAUGGAAAGAAGAUUUUGGUAGUCGGGGCCCAUGGAUCUUUGGAAGCUGCUCUACAAUGUCUGUUCCAGAGGAAAGGGUCCAUGACAAUGAGCUCCCAGUGGAAAACACCCCAGCUUCAAAGCAAGCUUCACGAAGCUGACAUUGUGGUCCUAGGCUCACCUAGGCCAGAAGAGAUUCCCCUUACUUGGAUACAACCCGGAACAACUGUUCUCAACUGCUCCCAUGACUUCCUGUCAGGGAAGUUUGGGGGUGGCUCUCAGAGAGGACAUUUUGGUGGCCUCAUUGAGGAAGAUGAUGUGAGUCUCCUUGCUGCAGCUCUGCGAGUUCAGAAUAUGGUCAGUAGUGGAAGGAGAUGGCUUCGUGAACAGCAGCACCGGCGGUGGAGACUUCACUGCUUGAAACUUCAGCCUCUGUCCCCUGUGCCAAGUGACAUUGAGAUUUCAAGAGCACAAACUCCAAAAGCUGUGGAUGUCCUUGCCAAGGAGAUUGGAUUGCUUGCAGAUGAAAUUGAAAUCUAUGGCAAAAGCAAAGCCAAAGUACGUUUGUCCGUGCUGGAGAGGUUAAAGGACCAAGCAGAUGGGAAAUACGUCUUAGUUGCUGGGAUCACGCCCACGCCUCUUGGAGAAGGGAAGAGCACAGUCACCAUCGGGCUUGUGCAAGCUCUGACGGCGCACCUGAAUGUCAACUCCUUUGCCUGUCUGAGGCAGCCUUCCCAAGGACCGACAUUUGGAGUGAAAGGAGGAGCCGCCGGUGGUGGAUAUGCCCAGGUCAUCCCCAUGGAGGAGUUCAACCUUCACUUGACUGGAGACAUCCAUGCCAUCACAGCUGCCAAUAACUUGCUGGCUGCCGCCAUCGACACCAGGAUUCUGCAUGAAAACACGCAAACUGAUAAGGCUCUGUAUAAUCGGCUGGUUCCUUUAGUGAAUGGUGUCAGAGAAUUUUCAGAAAUCCAGCUUGCUCGGCUAAAAAAAUUGGGAAUAAAUAAGACUGAUCCAAGCACACUGACAGAAGAGGAAGUGAGUAAAUUUGCCCGUCUCAGCAUCGACCCGUCUACCAUCACGUGGCAGAGAGUAUUGGAUACCAACGACCGAUUUCUACGAAAAAUAACCAUCGGGCAGGGAAACACAGAGAAGGGCUAUUCCCGGCAGGCGCAGUUUGACAUCGCGGUGGCCAGUGAGAUCAUGGCGGUGCUGGCCCUGACGGACAGCCUCGCAGACAUGAAGGCCCGGCUGGGAAGGAUGGUGGUGGCCAGUGACACAAGCGGACAGCCUGUGACAGCAGAUGAUUUGGGGGUGACAGGUGCUUUGACAGUUUUGAUGAAAGAUGCAAUAAAACCAAAUCUGAUGCAGACCCUGGAAGGGACACCUGUAUUUGUGCAUGCAGGCCCGUUUGCUAACAUUGCUCAUGGCAACUCUUCAGUGUUGGCUGAUAAAAUUGCCCUGAAACUGGUUGGUGAAGAAGGCUUCGUAGUGACCGAAGCUGGCUUUGGUGCUGACAUCGGAAUGGAGAAAUUCUUCAACAUCAAGUGCCGCGCUUCCGGCCUGGUGCCCGACGCGGUUGUGUUGGUGGCAACGGUGCGGGCUCUGAAGAUGCACGGAGGCGGGCCCAGUGUAACCGCUGGUGUUCCUCUUAAGAAAGAAUACACAGAGGAGAACAUCCAGCUGGUGGCAGACGGCUGCUGUAACCUCCAGAAGCAAAUUCAGAUCGCUCAGCUCUUUGGGGUUCCCGUUGUGGUGGCUCUGAAUGUCUUCAAGACCGACACCCGCGCUGAGAUUGACUUGGUGUGUGAGCUUGCAAAGCGGGCUGGUGCCUUUGAUGCCGUCCCCUGCUAUCACUGGUCAAUUGGCGGAAAAGGGUCUGUGGACUUGGCUCGGGCUGUGAGAGAGGCUGCCAGUAAAAGAAGCCGAUUCCAGUUCCUGUACGAUGUUCAGCUUCCAAUUGUGGAAAAGAUAAGAACCAUUGCCCAGGCUGUCUAUGGAGCCAAAGAUAUUGAACUCUCUCCUGAGGCACAAGCCAAAAUAGAUCGUUAUACUCAACAGGGUUUUGGAAAUUUGCCCAUCUGCAUGGCAAAGACCCACCUUUCUCUGUCUCACCAACCUGACAAAAAAGGUGUGCCAAGAGACUUCAUCUUACCCAUCAGUGAUGUCCGAGCCAGCAUAGGCGCUGGGUUCAUUUACCCUUUGGUCGGAACGAUGAGCACCAUGCCGGGACUGCCCACUCGUCCCUGCUUUUAUGACAUAGAUCUUGAUACCGAAACAGAACAAGUGAAAGGCUUGUUCUAAGUGGACAAGGCUCUCACAGGACCCGAUGCAGGCUCCUGAAACAGGCUAUUCUUUGCCUUUUUGCUGCAGUUGGAGAAGAAACUGACUUUGAAAAAUGCCUGUUACGCAAUGUUGGAGACAUGGUGAAAUCAGCCAAGGAUUUCUUCUUCAUUCAAGAUGAAUUCUCUUCACAGAGGAAUAUAGUGUUCAGCAAAAAGACCUCCACCAAGUCAGAAAGAAACUAAGACAUUUCUGUUUCUAUUAGAGUUUACAUUAUUUCUACCGCUUACACUUUAGAAUGUUUACUUUAUGGGGACUAAGGGAUUACAAGAGUGUGAACUAAAAAGUAACAUUUUCCACUCUCAAGUUUUCCACUUUGUCUUUGAACUGAAAAUAAACAUGGAUCUAGAAAACCAA